AUGUUCUGGAUUGAUCAUGUAUCUACGUCACUCAUCGGUCGACAGCACAUUGUUCUGGGCACCAGUGCUAGCAAUCGUGUAACGAUUUCGAACUGCGAUAUUGAUGGCACAACUUCAUGGUCGACAAACUGCGAUAGCUACCACUACUGGAAUGUCCUGUUCCUGGGAUCCCAGGACUUGGUCACUUUCAAGAACAACUACAUUCACCACUUCUCAGGCCGCGCUCCCAAGGUUGGUGGCAACACCCUUGCCCAUGUGGUGAACAACUACUUCUAUCAAACCGAUAGCUCAGGACAUGCUUUCGAGAUUGAUUCCGGCGGCAUGGUUCUAGCUGAAGGGAAUGUUUUCCAGAACGUAGUCAAUGUGGUGACUUCGCCCGUCGGAGGCCAAGCUUUCACGAGCCCCGACAGUUCGAGCAAUGCCGCUUGCUCGUCUUAUCUCGGCCGCGCCUGCGUCGUUAACGCCUUUGGGAGUUCCGGCGCUUUCAACAUCAAAGACACGGGUUUCCUUACUAACUUCUCGGGUAAGAACAUCGCUUCUGCUUCCAGCGCUACCGACGCAAAGAACGUAGUGAACACUGCUGGUUACGGGAAGAUCUAA